CUCUCUCUCUCACCUGCUGAAAUCUCACUCUCUAUCUUAAAAAAGAAAAGAAGCUACAGAGAAUGGUGGAAUCCUGCAGGCAUGGAGUCCCAACCACAAUCCUGGUGGCAAAAGGAAAAAUAAUGACAAGAUGGUUUCAUCCCAGCCAAUAGCUGCUUCUUGCAGAAGCAGAGACCCUGAGAGGGGUAGGGUCCCUGGGCGGCCUUCGUGGUAGGUCUUGUCUCCAUCAUCCCCAGAGUCAGAAACAUGGCUCAGCUCUGAAUGAGGUCCUGCAGAUGAGAAGGUAAAGACUCCCCUUGGACAGAGAAAAGGAUGCCUGGGUGACCCUGAUGACCCCCUCUUCUGCCCCCCACUCGCACCCUCCACCUCUGUGUUGGGAGCAGCUCCUUACACUUGUUUAUAUUGUGAGGGAUUCUCUCCUGAGCCAGAGUAGAGGGAGCAGCCCUGCCUCUGGAGUCUGCUUUCAGUUGCCUAAGUAGAAGUACAGAGAAGUGUUUUGUUCCCCCCCCCCCCUUUUCUUUGAGCAAAAUAGCUUUUGGUUUCUCCACUCUUCUGAGCUGGCUAAGCAGAGAUGAGGCUGUUGGUGGGUCAUGGGAAUGAGGUGAGGGGAAGAACAGUGACCACUGGAGAGAAGCUGGCUGCAGCACCAGAAGGAGGCAUAGGGUGAGAAGGAAGGAAAGAAAGGAGAAAGGGAAGGAGAAAGCUGAACUGCCCUCUCCCCAGGCCCCCGGUGGGAGUGCCAGAGCCCAUCACUGAGCCAGUACCUGCACCCCAGCAUAGCUUGACCUUGUAUCAUGGAUAUCACUGGGGAUUCACUUCUCCUGCCCACAUUUUUCAGACACAGAGAGAAGAGAGCUACUGAAGCUCCCUCCAGUGCCACAGUACACCUAUGUGGUUUACCUGGGAUUCAGUCUUGGGCUACAUACAUGGCAAGGCAGGUGCCCUCCCAGGUGAGCUGUCUAACUGGCCGCCAUCACCUGGCCCUCCUACCUUGUGGUUGCUGUAGUAAUGCAGGGACCGUGGCAGUAAGGCUGCUCCCCAACUCCCUAGGAAAGCAAGAAGAGGGCUCCAGUAAAGGACAGGGAGCAGUCGGCCUGGCCUAUGCGCCUAUGUGCCUUCUCACACGUGUACCUGCCUCUGAGCCCAGGCCUGAGGCAGAUGUCACAGGUCAGUCUUACAUGGCGUCCAAAGCCAGAUGAUUGACAUCUUGUCUCUUUGGGGUCUGUCUCUUAGACCAUCACCCUUCUAGGCCUGUGUGUUUGGCUGACUUUGACUGCUGACUGAGGAAUAGUGAGCCCCAGGAGGGAGCUAGGAGUCAACCUUGUGGCAGAUGUGGAGAGAGCGCUACAGGUGCCUAGGCUGUGGCAUUGUGGGUCUUCAGGCCUUUGGUCCUAAUCAGACUCCCCUUGGUGCCUUCAGCCUUUCCUCCUUGUGGUUGUUCACUGGGCCUUGAGUGAUCUGGCCGUUAGUGAGCAUCAGCUAUUUGCCAGACCAGAACCCAGGGCCCCGGGAACACUGUGAACUUCCACUGAAGGCCCUUGACUCAGAGGACACAAGGUGGCUACAGUUCCCAGAACCUUCUCCCACCAUCACUACCAGCUCUCCUCUCCCUCCUUAUCAAGGGGCUUAGUUGAGAAUAUUCUCCAAGGAAGGGGAGUGGGGAGCUACAUGGGCAGUCAGGUCAGGAGAAUGAGAACGUGAGCUGGGUGUGUGUCCUGCCAGCAGAUGGAGAGUCACCUCUGGCUGCUCCCCUACUGCAGCUUGGAGGCCAUGGCGCUAGGUGCCUGCUCGUGGGCAGAAAUCCAGGGAUUGGUGAGAGAGAGCCCAGGAGGGGCGUCUCAAAGUCUGUGGUCUAGGCUUCUCCAAGGGCUCAAGCUGCUAUGCUGUGAGGGGUCCAGCCACAUGGGAACACGGUAAAGUGUCACUCUGUCCUCAUUCCACUUGCCAAGCUCUGAUGGGAAAUGCACUAGAGGUGCUACCUGGCUACCCAGGCCGACACCCACUCUCCCCCUACCCACCAGAGGGGCCCCGUCACCUUCCUUAGCCUUUGCUUCUCACACCUGCCUCCCACUGAAGCCAGAGGCCUCCCACAGGAGCUGAGGAGAGUGGGCCAGCCCCCUGCCCUGUGCCCUGGGUCUAGCCUAGCCCUUCUUUGUUGUCAUGAAUGGACACAGCGUUAGGGAAGUUUCUCUGCUGUCACCAAGCCCAUCUAGCUCAUGAUCUCAGGAAUAGCAAGCCACAGGCACGAGCCAUCCCGGGUGUUGGGUGGAGGUGGGGUUCCUCAGCCUGCUGCCCUCUCUCCCUGCAGACCUCCCACAUGGAUCCCCACAGAUGGUACGAAGGGACAUCGGUCUGUCAGUGACACACAGGUUCUCCACCAAGUCCUGGCUGUCACAGGUCUGCCACGUGUGCCAGAAGAGCAUGAUGUUUGGAGUGAAGUGCAAACACUGCAGGUUGAAGUGUCACAACAAGUGCACAAAAGAAGCCCCUGCCUGUAGAAUAUCCUUCCUUCCACUACCUAGGCUUCGGAGGACAGAGUCUGUCCCUUCAGACAUCAACAACCCAGUGGACAGAGCUGCCGAACCCCAUUUUGGAACACUCCCCAAAGCACUGACAAAGAAGGAGCACCCUCCGGCCAUGAAUCACCUGGACUCCAGCAGCAACCCAUCCUCCACCACAUCCUCCACACCCUCCUCCCCGGCGCCCUUCCUGACUUCGUCCAACCCAUCCAGUGCCACCACGCCCCCCAACCCCUCGCCUGGUCAGCGGGACAGCAGGUUCAACUUCCCAGAUAUUUCAGCGUUUCCACAGCCACCACCUGAUGCAGCAGACAGCAAUACCCGGCUCGAUGACCAGACAAAGGUGGAUGUGUUGGAGGAUCAUGAAGUGGAGGCUGAGGAGCCAGAGGCUGGCAAGUCAGAGGCUGAAGAUGACGAGGACGAGGUGGAUGACCUGCCCAGCUCCCGCCGCACCUGGCGGGGCCCCAUCUCUCGCAAGGCCAGCCAGACCAGCGUGUACCUGCAGGAGUGGGACAUCCCCUUUGAGCAGGUGGAACUGGGCGAGCCUAUCGGACAGGGCCGCUGGGGCCGGGUGCAUCGUGGCCGCUGGCACGGAGAGGUGGCCAUCCGCUUGCUAGAGAUGGACGGCCACAACCAGGACCACCUGAAGCUGUUCAAGAAAGAGGUGAUGAACUACCGGCAGACACGGCACGAGAACGUGGUGCUCUUCAUGGGGGCCUGCAUGAACCCUCCACACCUAGCCAUCAUCACCAGCUUCUGCAAGGGGCGGACUUUGUACUCCUUUGUGAGAGAUCCCAAGAUAUCUCUGGACAUCAACAAGACUCGGCAGAUUGCUCAGGAGAUCAUCAAGGGCAUGGGAUAUCUCCACGCCAAGGGCAUCGUGCACAAAGACCUCAAGUCCAAGAACGUCUUCUAUGACAAUGGCAAAGUGGUCAUUACGGACUUCGGGCUGUUCGGGAUGUCGGGUGUGGUCCGAGAGGGACGGCGUGAGAACCAGCUGAAGCUGUCGCAUGACUGGCUGUGCUACCUGGCCCCCGAGAUUGUGCGUGAGAUGACCCCUGGGAAGGACGAGGAUCAGCUGCCAUUUUCCAAAGCUGCUGAUGUCUAUGCCUUUGGGACUGUCUGGUAUGAGCUACAAGCAAGAGACUGGCCCUUUAAGAACCAAGCUGCUGAGGCCUUGAUCUGGCAGAUUGGAAGUGGAGAGGGAAUGAAACGAGUCCUGGCUUCUGUCAGCCUGGGGAAGGAAGUCACAGAGAUCCUGUCUGCCUGCUGGGCUUUUGACCUGCAGGAGCGGCCCAGCUUCCCCCUGCUGAUGGACAUGCUAGAGAAACUGCCCAAGCUUAACCGACGGCUGUCCCACCCGGGGCACUUCUGGAAGUCUGCUGACAUUAACAGCAGCAAAGUUGUGCCCCGGUUUGAAAGGUUUGGCCUGGGUGUCCUGGAGUCCAGUAAUCCAAAAAUGUAGCCAACUGUGCAUUGUUCUGCAGAGUUCUUUUCUUCCUUAAAUGUAUUCCUAAAACACGCAAACAACCACCAAGACAAAAAAAAAAAAAACUCUCGAAAUAUCCACCACCCUAAGUGCAGCACACCAGGAGCAUGUCCUCGACUGAGGUGGUCCCUUGGAGACGCUGGGUGCAGGAGCUGGAGCCACGCUGGCUGAUCCUUGCAGUGACCGACACCACCACCAGCCAGACCUGUCCCAGCAGGCAGCAAAUGUUUACGUGUCAUGAACUCAAUGUUUUACAGUAGCGAGUAAUAAAAAACAGCCCCUGCAGAGGUGCAGUGGCACCAUUAUGCAGCGGGGAGAUGUACCCACUUGAGGACCCUUAGCCAGAGGUGGUAGCAGUGCGAAACCUCUGCAGGGCAAGAAGGAAGAAGAGCUCUUCUUCCACGUCUCCGGGCUUGACCUGGCACCUACACUCCCAUCCCUCAGAAGAACUCUGAGAAGAGUUCCCAGAAAAGCUUGGGUUUCCCUCCAAUCCCUAUGGUCCAGCUGGGAAAGUGGGGACAGGAAUUCUGUGUAGUAUCUGGUUUGAGCCAGUGGUUUCUAGCCAGGGCUGCCACUUCCUUUUGAAAUCUAUACUUUUUCCAUGAAACCCUUAGGAAGGCACCAUGAGUUUGGACUCAGGGCCUCAGCCUUUUAGUUAUAUCCUAGACAGUGGCUGCAAUUGGACCUCUGGGCUAAUGCCUAGCCCAGCAGUUGCCCAGACCACGAGGGUUUGAUGGAUGACAACAGAGAAUGUGGAGGAGGAAGAGGCAGACAGUAAGCCCCUGAGCCCACCCUUCUCAGCCACAGGGUUGCUUGGCCUUUUGGAGGCUCACUGUCAGUCCUGCCAGGGCUCAAGAGGGACCUGUCUCUUCCCGUUCCUGACACUGCCUGUGUCAGAGUCCUCUGGAGAUGGGAGCCCUGUGCUCUCUCUCUCCACUUUCAUUUUACACCACGCUAGCAAGCCUCUCUCAAUCUGCAGAGCUCCCCACCCCCCGCCCCCAAGCACCAGGUCUGGUCUUCUUUUGUCCAUUGGUGCCAGGAGGAGGGGUGAGAUUUGGGGGUGUUCAGGAUGUACGCACACUUUGCCUGUCUUCAUUAGAAACUGUCACCUACAGGGGAAACCUUCCAAAUAGCAUGAAGCCCUUCAGCAGAAGUCCUACAACAUUAGACUCCAGAAUAGGGAAGGACAAAGGGCUUUAAGAGUAGAAGGGGGGCUGGAUUCAAACUCAGACCUGUGCUCCACACUGAGAUGGUGAAUCACCACCUGGCCAAGCUUCCGAUCUACAGAGCCUCCCCUGGGGUGUGGUCAAAGUGGCAUGUGAAAUGCACUGCCCUGCCUGUAUGUUGCCUUCAUCUCUGGGAUGCAGAGGGCUGGCAUGCCAGGCUGCCCACCAGCACCCUAGAUAUAGUGGUUUAGCCUUCCCGGUCACUGUGUGAGGAUGUAGGGUGGAGGCAGGAGCCAUGACCAGUCGGAUCCAGUUCUUUAGCCUCAUCUGUGAGACUGUUCAUUUCAUCCCGUUGACCUUCUGGGUGACCUCCCCCACCCAAAGCCUCAUGGUGCAUGGCUACCACCCCUGGCUGAAUCAGCCUCUUGCAUGCACCUUCCCAGAGAUCAGUCUCUAUGCCCCUUUCCUUUUCCCUCUGAACCCCUGAACAGGGAGGGGAGCCCAAGGGUUGGCUGACAGCUGGCAGGUGAGAAUUAGCUUCUCCCUGACCCUGACUCACAGCCUGUGGGAAAUCAUGUGGGUUUUGCUCUUUGACCCUCUCAGGAGCAUCUGUGGUGUCUUGUGUGAGUGAUAGGGGCCGAUGAUGAGAGCAUUGCCAGUCCCAGCUUUUAAGGGACAUUUACUCAGGGGCCCUGCUUGCCUGCCAGAGCCUCUCUGCACUUCCUGUCAUUUCAGAGACACCAACAUGCCCCCCUCUCCCUCUCCAUACAAGUGGCUGUGAACUGAAGCUAGUAAGACAGGCUUGCCUUUCUGCGUGCUCUCCCCCAUCUGCCUUGGAAUCACAUGAAGGAUGGCAGAUACUGUGAAUUCAGCUCUCAUGGCCCACUGUGAAAGGAUGAAGGCUGGGAGGCAUCCUUGGUGAGAGCCCCAGGGGUGGCAGAAGCCCACACUGCAGCCUCCUCUCUUGAUAAUAGACCCCAGGGCUUGGUCCUUGAGCUCCCCCCACCCCAAGCUCCCAGCCUCCAGAGCUCCAGAGCUAUGUCCCCACUGCCCUUAGUCCCCAGAGCUACAGCCCUGAGUUUCCAUCCAACUCAAGGUCCUGAUUCCUAGGUAGUUCCCAGUUAGUUGUUAGUCAUUAGUCUGUUUAGCAACGUUAACCUCUCCAUGUCCCCACAUCCAAGAUGCCAGCAAGGUCCUGGAACCCCUCUUCACCCAGAGGAGGGCCAGGCCUUGUCAGCCUGUGUUGUUUGUGUUGAUUGGCAGGUGGGUGGAGACACAUGGGAAGCAGCCCGGGAGCUUGUGGCCGGGAUUUCAUCUGUGUAAAAACCCAGUGUCUUCCUUGCCUACAAGGCACACACUUGCUUUGUUUUUCUUUAUUUUUGAAUGUGAUGUAAAAUUUGUACAGUAAAAGUUUUUAUAUUUUCUACCAACCACGUUUGUCUUCCAGAAAUGCUAUUAAUUUAAAUUAAAAUGGUUAGUAUUAACGAA